AUGGGUGGUAAGGGUGUGGUUCUGGUCAUACAAAAGACCAUCUUUUACUCCGACAUCAACCUUACCGCCAAUCAUUUCUCCAUACCUUUCUCCCAAGUCAAAACCCAUGACUUCCUUAACGAGGCAGAGGCCAAAGAGUUGACUGGCAAAAACCCCAUGCAGGAGUGGUUGUUAGACCCAUCCAUGAAGGGAACAAGCAUUACCUUUAACAAGUGGGUUAUGGGGUCAAGUUCGCUCUAUGUCCUAACCAACACAUGGAACCCUGUGGUGAAGAACAACCAACUCAAGAAAGGCGACAUGGUGCAGCUCUGGUCUUUCCAAGUGAAUUCCCUCCUGUGCUUCGCACUCGUAAAGCUCUAG